CUGUCCUGUUAGCGAGUGCUGCACUUCUCCAGGUUGAGUUGCCCCAGAUUGCUUUGUUCGUGCCCCAGAGCAUAAAUAGCCGGGAACAAGUGCACUUUCGCGCACUUACGGGGCACAGCUGUAUGCCAGCUUGCCCUGCAGAGAACUGGGAAAUAAGUAAUGGCUUUGGAAUUCAGGAGGCUGAAUAUGGUGGGCAUGAUCAGAUUGAUUUAUAUGAUGAUGUAAUUUCUCCAUCUGCAAAUAAUGGAGAUGCUCCAGAGGAUCGUGAUUACAUGGAUUCUCUUCCGCCAUCUGUUGGGGAUGAUGUAGGUAAAGGAGCUGCACCAAAUGUUGUCUAUACGUAUACUGGAAAGAGAAUUGCCUUGUACAUUGGAAAUCUCACUUGGUGGACAACAGAUGAAGACUUAACUGAAGCAGUUCAUUCACUGGGGGUAAAUGACAUUUUGGAGAUAAAAUUUUUUGAAAAUCGUGCUAAUGGCCAGUCUAAAGGGUUUGCCCUUGUGGGUGUGGGAUCGGAAGCAUCCUCCAAAAAGCUGAUGGAUUUGUUGCCUAAAAGAGAAUUGCAUGGGCAGAAUCCUGUUGUAACUCCGUGUAAUAAACAGUUUCUGAGUCAAUUUGAAAUGCAGUCAAGGAAAACCACACAGUCUGGCCAGAUGUCUGGGGAAGGUAAAGCUGGUCCCCCAGGAGGAAGCUCACGAGCAGCAUUUCCACCUAGUAAUAGAGGUCGGGGCCGUUUUCCAGGUGCCAUUCCAGGUGGAGACAGAUUCCCUGGACCGGCAGGGCCGGGAGGGCCACCACCACCUUUCCCAGCUGGACAAACUCCCCCACGUCCACCCUUAGGUCCUCCUGGCCCACCAGGUCCACCAGGCCCUCCACCACCUGGUCAGGUCCUCCCACCUCCAUUAGCUGGACCUCCUAAUCGUGGUGAUCGUCCACCACCACCAGUUCUGUUUCCAGGACAGCCUUUUGGUCAGCCUCCACUUGGGCCACUUCCUCCAGGCCCUCCACCACCAGUUCCAGGCUAUGGGCCACCACCAGGUCCACCACCACCUCAGCAGGGUCCACCUCCACCUCCGGGUCCAUUUCCCCCUCGUCCACCUGGCCCUCUUGGGCCACCCCUGACUCUUGCUCCUCCUCCACAUCUCCCUGGGCCACCGCCAGGUGCUCCACCACCGGCACCACAUGUGAAUCCAGCUUUCUUCCCCCCACCUGCCAAUAGUGGCAUACCCACUUCAGACAGCCGUGGGCCACCUCCGACAGAUCCAUAUGGCCGACCUCCACCAUAUGACAGAGGUGACUAUGGGCCACCUGGAAGGCGUUUCACUGGAAAUAACAUGUCCAUAAGAGAAAAAUUACAUAUUCCAUUCUAUGGGAGGCACACGAAAAAUAAUACUCAAAACUCAGGGAGAGAAAUGGAUGCUGCGAGGACACCUCUAAGUGAAGCAGAAUUUGAAGAAAUCAUGAAUAGAAAUAGGGCAAUCUCAAGCAGUGCCAUUUCAAGAGCUGUAUCAGAUGCCAGCGCUGGGGACUAUGGAAGUGCUAUAGAGACCUUGGUAACUGCGAUUUCCUUAAUCAAACAGUCCAAAGUAUCUGCAGAUGAUCGCUGCAAAGUACUUAUUAGCUCCCUUCAGGACUGCCUUCAUGGAAUUGAGUCCAAGUCUUAUGGGUCUGGAUCCAGAAGACGUGAGCGAUCCAGAGAGAGGGACCACAGUAGGUCACGAGAAAAAAGUAGGCGGCACAAAUCACGUAGUAGAGACCGUCACGAUGACUAUUACCGGGAAAGGAGCCGUGAGAGGGAGAGGCACCGCGAUCGUGACAGAGAUCGUGACAGAGAACGAGACAGAGAGAGAGAAUAUCGUCACCGCUAAAGGUACUGAAUCACUUUCUUCUUGCAGCACCUGACAUGAAAAUAGGUAAGUAAUAACAGGUAAUUAACUCAUCUUGGGAGGGAACAAGUAUUUGUGCAAUUAUCUUCUGCAUUCUGCAUGCCACUUCCCUUAUUUUGGCUGAUAAUUGUGUUCCCAGGUUUUAUGAAAUGGGAUUGAAUGACUUCUUAAAAAAAGCAAUAAGUCAGACUGUUCUCUUUGUAAUCUUGAAAGAUUAUAUGAAUUUUACAGUUUUAUUUCUUAAUUGUUUUUAAAAAUACUAAUUUUGUAUUUUAAAUUCUACUUCUGUAAAGACUGUAGCAUUUAGCCCUUCAUAGAUUGUGUGUGGAUUAUUUCAGUGUCCAUACAGUUACUGUCCUUGCACAGGUAUGGUGGUGAUUUUGUGGGUUUUGUUGUUUUGUUUUGUGUUGCUUUUGUUUUAUUUUUUUUCCUGGUGAGUUUUAGUCAAAUUCAGGAAAUAUAACCAGAUUUUGCUCUUUGUUUUAUGAAAUGUGACCUGUCAGUAUCUUCUGCCUUCUAGCUAAAUCCAGGUAUUAACCUUCAGUAAAAUUUAUUAUCAGUUGCUGCCCACCACCCUGAUUUUUCAGUCUGUCCCCCUUCUGAUAGUAAAGUAAUUUUCUGAAGACUAGUAAACAAAUAUGUAACACUAGAAUUGAUUCUUUUCUGGUUGUUCACAAACUAACAUGCUAUUUUAUUUCAUGUAUCUGAAGUCUUGUAUGCAUCAAAUGUCUAGACAGCUAGAGUAGCAUGCUAAACAAUGAUUUUUUUCAAUGUACUGCUUUAAUAUACGUAGAAAUGUUGACAUUAUAUAAUGUACUGUUUGUAGGGUUGGGAAUUAAAGCCACCCAUGGUUCCUUAUAUUUCACAACUGAAAAAAACCAACCCUCUCUAGUAGUGACUCUCUAGUGGUCUUUACUCUUCUUGAAAGAACUUCCACUACAUCUGCACUGAAAUUGAAGCUCAUAGACAUGCCUGUCUGCCCAGCUUCCAUUUCUUACAUUUAACCUCAGAUUUAGUUUCCAGAUUUGCAUGUGUUUUUUAUUCAUGGGAAUUCAUUUAUAGAUGUUACAGAGCAAAACUUAAAAAGUCAAAUAAAACGUAGUACAGUCCUAAAUGAAAAUACAGUUCUGUGUGUGUUAAAUGUUAGUUUUUCAGUCAGGCUUUUUGUGUCACUGACACUCCUCUGGGAGAGAACAAAUUAUGAUAGUAUGAUAUGCUCUAGUGUGUUGAGAAUUAAGUGGGAUGUUGUCUCAGGAUCAUAUACCAGCAGGGGACACAAAAAGAAAUAACAAACCUAGAGAACAGGAGCCAAAGGCUUAAGCAGGAAGGUGAAACAUGGCAGCUGAAAUAAUGUUGGCAGUGUAUUUCUGUUAGUGCCACUUUUUGCCAUCAAAAAUGGAUUGGUAGAAAUAUUUCUGGAAUUUAGUAAAAAUAUCAACUCUGGUUCUUAAUUGUAAAACAAGAGAAUGUAAAAAUACAGAUAUAACAAAAGGAAAUGUAAUUUCUUUUGUUGAACUGGGUUUUUACCUUUUAUAAUAGCUGCAUACUUUUGAUAUUUGUGAAUAGUUGUUACUAAUAGAGGUAACCAUUGAGCUGAGUAGUGGAUGCAUUUCCAGAGCAUUUUACUUCGGGUGGAGAUUAGCAAACCAUACUAAAAAUGGUUAAUAGCCUGGAGUGAAAGACAGGUGUUUUUUUAACCCUUGGCAUAGUUUACUAAUCUAGCUUUGAUUUUUGUGUAUUUAGUGCUCUGCACGUAGAUACAGAUUUACUGUGCCAAGUACAGAUUUCCUAGUCCCUUACCCCAAGAAUAUAUGUCAAACGGCAUUAGGUUGCAUUUUAUAAUUUUUAAUUUUUAAUUUCUGCAUUUAUAAUUUCUGAAGCACAAUUUGCACUGAGGCUGUGAUUUCAGUCGCAGUUCAGGUGGGUUUUAUAUUUGCAAGAUCCUUCAGCUUUGUUGUGUGCUGGGAUUUCUCUUUUCUUUCAAUAGGGUGACUUGGUAAAAUUCCCUUGUGCAAAGAAAAUAGGUCCUAAGAACUUGAUUUAAAUGGCAAAUUUAGUAUACUACAUGUAAAUUAAAGCAUUUGGUAUUUUUUUAAGUUAAGUUGUAAACAGUUUGUCUUGUUGCUGUCUUAAUGAAGAAGAGCUUUAUUGUAGUUUUGUUUUUAUAUAUUUAUACACACACACACAUAAAAGAAACAGUUAUCUCCUGGUUUGUAUGUUUCAUUUUCACUAAGAUGUGUGUUCCCAUACAUUUUUUGUUUCAUUUUUUUACAUUGAAUAAUAUUCAUAAACUGAUUUAACCCUCAGUCAUUUAAUAAAUAUCAACAGUGCUGAAACGAGUUAUUCCCCAUAUUACUGUGUUUUGCCAGAAAACAUGAAGUUGCCUCUGUGCCUGCAACCUAUGAAUGGCACCUAUAUUUCUCCUUAUUGUGUACCUAUAGUCAUGACUGUGAUACUGUACUGGCAUUUUUUCCAAAGUGUUACACGUCUAGUUCAGAAGGAUUCUAAGGGUCCAUUGUGAAAACUUCUGUGAACAGUGAAAUUCUGUUUGUUCUGUAUUACAUUUAUAGAGAUGGGUUAAAUUGGAAUAACUUACAAAAUAUGUUUAUAACAGCAAAACUUAAAGUUUAGUUGUACCAUAUCAGGUAUUUACACUUCUGUUUGUACACUUCAUGAUUUAAAAUCAAAUUGUUGCAAGAUUUUUGUGCCUUCACUUGAGUAAGACUUCAUGUACAUUGACAACCCAUUCUCCUGAAUUACUAUAAACUGAAUGCUUCCUUGGAACAUCUUGCCUUUGCUCAUAGAAAGCCUGUAAAUAUAAAAGACAACAAUGGAUUUAAGACAAGUGUCUAACCUGUAUUAGUCAAAAACACUAAGAACCCAAUAGAAUGACAUUUAGAAGAAUUAAUGUGUACAAACAGAACAGCAAUGUAACUUCAUCAGCAUGAGUCCUGAACUUGUUAGGCAGAUUUUUUUAACUGAUAAUCAGUAAUGUAUUUCUAGGUGAUACAUUGUCCCAAUCUUAAUCUGUCUGAAUUUCUAUAAGUGCUGAAUGUUAAGUUUUUCAUUUUAUGUUUUUGUUAUUGGGUUGAUUGAUUAUUUCCUAUUUAAACUGGAUUUGGAUUGAAUUGCAAAGACAAAACCACAACAUUGUAACAGUUGAUAUGUAUGUAGACUAUGUACUCCGUAUUUAAUGUUUAUUCUCUGAUUUUUCUGCUCUCAAACCACUGUAAGCAAAAUUGAAUUUUGAGGCUCAUAUGCUUCUUCAAAAACUGCUCUCAGAUCACUCUGAAGUUACUUUCAGCUUUAGAGUGAUUCAAGAAGUAACAUGGUUGGAAUUUUUUGUGUCAGUAGGAGGGGAAAUGGUACUGAUGGCUUACAUAGUAUUAAUUAUAUUUUUGCUUCUCUAAGUUGGAAUGGUCCUGUAGCUGUGCUAAUAACCACUUAAACAUCAAGUGAAGUGAAAUUAGCCUUUUAAGAAAACUUGUAACGAAUUUGCAAAUGCUUGCUUUUAAUAGGCUAUGUUAAUAAUAAGCUUCUAGUUAAUAUUAAGUGAAUCAUAUGGUAACAUUGUUCAAGACCUGGGUAUAUAUACCUGUCUAGAAUUAUAUCAGGUCUUAGUUUUAAGCUAUUAUUAAUAUUGUUUACCUAAUCUUUUUUUUUUUUUAACUAUGUGUUUUUUGUGGGGCUGACACUAUUCUUCUGUAUUUAGCAUUCACCAGAGAAAUAAUGCUUUGUGCAUCUGAUUCAGUAUUUGCAAUCCAGCACAGCAUGAAUAGAGGCAAGCAGUGCCACUGGUUUAUAUGCUUCUUAAAAUCUGUUUUGACCAUUACUCUGGUGCUUUGCAGAAACAUAGAGUUUGUCUGUCAAUGUUCAGUGAUGAAUCUGAUUUUCUUGAGGGUGAAAUAGGGACUUAAAAAAUGAACAGAAUGUCUUAUGCUACUUAUUUUCAAAUUAAUGACUUUUAUUACUUUUUUCCCAUGAAUAUGUUGCUGUAAUUUUACUGACUUCUGAGGUGUCUGCAGACACACUUAUAUUUUUUUUGUUCCUCAUAUUCUGGGCUCCUUUAUUUGUGAAUUCAAUAGUUUUGACAAAUUUGGUCUGUGUGAAAAGUUCCCUAAGAAACUUUUAGGCAUAUGAAACACAGAAAUGAAAAUGUUGGUUUAAAUCAAUGUGUUCUUCAAAGAAUGAAAAAAAUGCACUUUUUUACUUUUGCUCAUUGUGGUUUGAGAACUAAGAUUUCUUUUUACCAAAAAAAAAAACCCCAAAAAAACCACCAAAAAAACAUGAGAGAUCUUAAUUUUUAUGUUUACCUGUGGCAGCUCGAUCUACCUUUUGGUCUCUCCCUCAUAUAUGAAUGUGCAAAACACUUGCCAAUAAUUAAUAUCUUUUUAACUUGUAAACUAAAGACUGAAUUUUCUGAACGUGCCUCUCUGUACAUCAGUGAGUUUUGAUGAAUAGACAGGCUGGGGUAAUAAAAUACCUGACAAAUUAAGUUAGUUUAGGAGGAUUUUCCCCCAUGUAAAAUUAUUUAUAGAGUCAUGAAAUUGUUGAUGUGUUGAUCUUAAAUUAUACACUAAGACUAAACAAAGACAGCAGGUAAGUACGCUCAUAAUAGGAGGGGGGAACAGGCAGCAAAUGUGAGAAGAUGCUAGUGCUGGUAAAAUAGUCUGUAUGUGUGUAGUGAACAGAGCUACAUGAGUAUCUCUGCUUACAUGCUGAAAGACAAAGACAAGCUUGAAAUUCUUUAUUUCUCACUAUGUUACAGCUAAAGCAUGAGAAUAUUUGGGGUAUUUUGUGAUGUUCUGGAAUGUAGGUUAAAUUGAAAAGAAAUUUUUGGAUUUUAAGCUGGUGCUUUCUGUGGGAUUUUUGGUUUGUGUAUUUCUUUUUCUUCAUGUAUAGAAUAAAAUAAAGGAGAAUUACAUGAAGUAAUUCAUAGGAGCGUCUAGGAUAUAACAAAUGUAUCUUGUGCAUUUUACUGAAAUGUGAACGUGUGAGAUUGAAAUUCAAUCUCUGAAAAUAAACUACAAUGAUAAAACUUGAUGGGUAUAUGUAUAUACAGCUUUAAAAUUGCUGUAGAAUUUUCAAAAUUUUAAAGGCUGUUUAAAGCUUUUAUGUAAAUAUUUUGAUAAUUGGAAUUAAGGGAAAAAUUAGAGCUGCUAUUGCAAGAUGCUUUUGAUGCAUAUAUAUAUAAGAAAUCUACUGGGGUUUUGUUGUAAGAAUGUGUUUUUGUGGAUAAAAAAGUGCUCAAGUUGCAUCUUGCAUAAAUAUAGAAAUGUUUGAUCACUCAAGUUCUGGGAUUUCAUUUGUGAAAUGUUCUGACAUAAACCCCUAACUUUCAAGCAACAAAAUUUCAAUUCAACACCUAAGUCUGAAAUUUGGAUAGAGUUGGUAAAUUUUGGUAGAAACGCUGAGAAACUGAUUGCUGUCUGGUGUUAAAUCGUACAAAUCUAACACGUGCUUGGGACAGAUAGCUUAUGUAUGAGCUUGAGGCAGAUGGAAAGAUGCCAAGAAAUACUGACUAGAGAUUUAAUUUUUUUAGAAGUUUUUUGUUGCUUCAAUAUUCUACUUGCUUGUAGAAUACUGAAAAAGGCUGAGCACACAGGUAUAAUCCAUACAGAUUUAUUUAUUUUCAGAGCCACAAGGGUUUCCAAUUUUGCCAAGAUAUAGUGGCAGAAUAUAUGGAACUGAAAUGUACACUACUUUGGAUUUUAGUUGGUCAUGUUUUUAAAAAUGAAGGCUCAGUGUGGUGCUGACCAUCUUAAGAGCCCUAUACAAAAAAAAACAUUAAUCCUAAAUUCCCUUUAUUGUGCAUUCUUUAGAGUUCCUGUAGAUCCAUAAGUACAGAUAUAGCAAAUUAUUCCCAGGAACUGAAGCUUUCUUAUGGUAGUAUUAAAUCAUAUAUAGGGCACUUUGGAUCUGUUAACUGUUGCCGUAGACAUAAUCAAGAUCCAUCAUUCUGGCUGCAGCAAUUGUAUGAUGAGAGCAGCAAAUUCUGAUGUGCAGUGUCACAGCUGUCAAGUACUGACUUUCUCCACGAGAAAACUGAGAUUCUCUCCUGUCUGUUUGUGCUAACUUAGCUUACAGCUCUGAACAUGUUUUUCUUGUGGAGGUAGCACCUUGUCACUUUGCUAGUAAUUAAUUUCAAAAAUACAUAACUCCCAUGGAAACACUAGCCUCUGGGGAAGGAACUUCCCCAAAAGUAGUUGAUGCAUUCAAGACCUGAGAACAAGACCUGUGAAUAAGAGAAGAAAUUUCACUCACUGAUUUGGAUUAGUUUAUGUGCAUACUAUAGUGUAUAGGAUAUACUUGGUUAUACUUUGGAAUUUUUAAAAGUUAUUGUUAACAGUCACUUUGAGGAAAUGAAGAAGAAAAAUUGCUUACUUAGUUUUCCCAGCUUUGCAAUUAUUGUACUAGAAGAAGAAUAUUUGACAGCUGUGUAUUGUUGCACGUUCAUGAAAUUGCUUCUCUAAAUGUCUUGGUUUUCAAAUGAAUAAUUUAAUGUGUUGGGUUUUUAAAAGAACUUGAUUGAAACUAUUUUGAAAUUAUUGAAUGUUGAUACUGUGAAUUAUUAAUGAAAUUAAGAUAGCUAAUUGUUUUGUAAUGGAAUUCAACUGAAAUCCAGUGUUUGGAAUUAUACCUUCCCAAGUAUUUGUGAACUCUUAGAGUAAUUAACUUUGAAUUGUCUGGUUCCCUGAUUUGCCAAAAUAGAGGAGAGCAGGAAGUAGGACUCGGGGGUUUUAUCAAGGGCAAGUAGGUGAGGAAACCUGCAAAUCUACAUUGUAUUAGUUGAAAAGAGGGUUCUUGUACAUAACUGCAAGUAUGUAUUUUUAGAUGUGAACCCCAUCUAGCUUGCCACUAGUCUUUUCAAGUACUGGUGUCAGAUUCUGUGUGCUUUUAAAUGUUACUGAGCUGUGAGCCAUCCACUUCAUUAUAUAAUCAAUUAAUUACUUAAAUGUCAAACCAGCUUAAAACUUAUGUAAGUGGGCAGGUAAAAAUGUAAAAAUCUAAUUGUGGUAAAAUUACUUUAAAUUCUUGUUCAGUUACUCUUGCAGAAUGCAUACUUUAGGAAGUGUUCUAUAUAAAUUUGGCAGUUGGUCACAGAAGCAGUAGUUAUUUCUUUAUCAUCAAUACUUUAACUGUGAAGUUUAUAUUCUUUCAACUUUGUUAUACAACAACAUUAAUCUUAUUUUUAAUUGCUGUAUUAGAAAACAACUUCAGUGAGUAGCUACUGCUUCUGGGUGUUUUAUGUUAGUUAACAUCACGGUGAAGUAGAUGCACGAGUUGUGUAUGUAUAGAUAAGCCAACAAUUUUCUGUGUGUUUUGGGGACUAGCAAAAUCUACAUCACAAAUUUUGACACAUUACAGCUGAAGGAAGAGGAACAGCGUGCAAGACAAGAUACAUUCUUCAAGGAAAGAUGCUUGUCCGGCAGUUUGCUUCAUGUGAUUGAACUGAGCCUGUAAGGAUUCAUGGAUAAUAUGAACAGGAAUAGAUCUGAAUAAAGCAAAUCUGCAUACAUGGUAACCAGUAGCUCUUUUACUUUUUUAUGUUGCUUAACUGUUUUAUUUGAGGGAAACCUGUGUGAUUUAGACCUUAUAGCUUUUGCAACUUUAUUACUGGUUAUAUACAUUUGGCAAUUAUAAUGUGCAAGCAAUUGAAAAAAGUCAAGUAAAUGCUUGUUUUUAUAGUAGUUUGUUCAUGUUAAACUGUUCAUAUGAUGUCUGUACACAGCACCACUGAUUACAGUAGAUGUAGUGUUGUAAUAAACUGUUUAAUGGGGCUGAUGUGUAAAGCUGUUCAAGUUAUUUGAUGUUUACACCUCAGGGAAAGUCAUGUGUUCAGCAAUAUUUAAGGAUAAUGUUACAAAGAAAACAUUGCUGUCUUCAGAAACAUCGCAAUAGUUCUUGCCUAUGCCUCAGCCUAAUCUUGGAUUCAGCAAUUUAAACAUACUAAUGUUGCGCUCUCCCACUCAAUUUUGAUACAAAAAUAGGUGGUUAUGAGAAACCUUUAAUUCUGUUUUGCUUUUUAGCAGUGUUUACCUAGGUGGCUUGUGAAUUUGCUAAUUGACUUAUAAAACUGUAAAAACUGCAGCUCUCUCUGGUCAGUUGUUCUGAGGAGAGAUAGUCCCAGGUCUGCAAUUUUUAGCACACUGAAAAUUUUAUCUCUCAUACAACCUUGAUCCUGAUUGACACUACAGUUAAUAUAAACUUAAACUAUUCAUAUGAACUUAAACUGCCCAUAAUAAGGGGCAGAAAGGUUAGGUUUAAAGCACCCAAAAUCCUGCAGUUGUUUACAGUUUUAUAGUAGUAGUGCUUGUGUGUGUUCCCUGUCCACCCCCAAGGCCGUAGCAGUCUGUACAUAGUUGUAUAUUAGAAAUGUGCCAGAAGAAACAAGAUGUUACCAUUUUUAUGACUUCGUGGGUUUGGUAUUUUCUUAAUACUUCGGGGUUUAUUCACACGUGCAUAUAAAAGAGAAGGUACAUUUGUAUGUCCUUGUUCACCAGUGGGCAAUAUUUAAAAUGUCUCAGCAAAAAAUGGCACUGAUUAAAUUUGUCAGAUGAGGUUUUGUAAAUUUACCUAAAAACAAAUUAUUGGAGCACUCAGUGAAAGUAGGCGUCAAAUUAAAGAAUUUGUUUUAAAUUUCAUCAAGUGUGAAAUGCCAGCAAAUAGAAAUUUCAUAAAAGCUGCAAAAGCUUCAUUUCCAUUAGCCUUGCACAAAGGCUCACUUUUAGUCUAUUGUAAAGUGUUAUGUAACAGACACACUCUUGGAGUUGUCACUUGUUCAAGUAGCUGCACUUAAUGUUUUAAGUUAAGUUUCAAGACCUCAGAUGGCUUUAAGAGGCAACUCUUAGAAGCCUCUUGAUUUCUUUUUUACCAAUUUUGAAGAUUUUACAGCUGACUUAAAAUGUUACCCUGUUCAGGAAAGCAUUUAAAUCUGUUUUUUUUUUUUUUUUUCCAGAGCAUAUAAAGCAUGUGCUUACAUUUAAUAGAUUUCAAGAAAUGUGAACAUAUGCUUUAAGUGUUGCAUAUGUGAGUGAUUUUUAUGCUUUACUGAGUUGGGACCAGUAGCUUGUGCAACUGCAAAAGUUUUGCAUAAGCCUGAAAUGCUCUAAUAUUUUUGGCACCUACUAUUGAACCAGGUUUCCUGCAGCCAGGUUGAUGCUUUUGGACUUGGCUACAGCUUCAGACUCGCCCCUUUUUCUUUUUUUCUUAAAUUGUGUACCUCACUUCCUCAUGCAUGGGAUCACUGGUGUUUAUUGAACUAUUUGCUUCUGAGAAGAUAUUUCACGUGUUUGUUUAAUCCUGUUUGAAAAUGAAAACUGCCUUUAAAAAUUUUGUAAAACUGAAAGUUGUAUCAAGCAAGUCAUGAAUCACUUCUUGCUUUCUUUGUGAAUAGGUAUUGGUUACAAACAGUACUGUUGUAACUUCGUUUUCUUUACUUAAAAACAUUGUUUACUACUGUGUGUAAUAAGUUUAGGGAAGAAAUUACCUGCCUGUAGCAGUUAAAUGGGGAAUAGCUAAUACUGGAAAAGCAGCAGGUAAGUAAUGUUCCAUUGCGUAGAUAUAUUAAAUUUUAAAAUAAAGUAACGUUACAAGCAUUUUAUGUAGGAAACUGAUAUUUUAGUCCACAUUGAAAUAGAUCUGAGACUUGCUCUUUUUACAUAGAUUGUUGUUUCUCACUCACACAUUUCCAUUGCUGGCAAUGGAAAUAGCAGGGAGACAAUAGCAGGGGGUAAAUAACGUAAGUUAAACAGAGUGACCAUUGUGACCUGAGAAAUGAGAUCCCUGUAUGAAGCCCAUUAUUUCUGCCUGUUCUCCAGAUUCUUAGACCGAUAAAUGUACUGUGUUGCAAUUUAGGUAAUACUCUCUUGCUGUUGUGAGCUUCCUUUGUUAAUAUUUUUUUUUUUUUAUAAAACAAAAAAAUGUUCAGAAAAAAUCCAAAGACCCUGAUAAACACCAAAAAGGAAUAUGCCUAAUGUACAUCAUGUGUAACUGGAUCUGUAGUAGAAUUUUUACCAAGUCUUGGUUUACUAAAGGUUCCUGCAAUUUCCUGUACACAUGCAGGAAAUGGCAGUUUGGAAACUUGCUGACUGGUGGUGUUGCCAUGAUGGCUACUGCUGUUUAAUAUUCAUUCAGUUGUAUUUCAUUUCCUUUUGCUGAUGAAAGGAUGAAAUAAUCUGUGAAGAAAUACUUAAUUUUUUUCAAAUACUGAGUUUAUAAGUAACAUUGAAAAUACUAUCUUAAGGGUAUGUCCUUUAUCUUGAAAGACAAAACUAACAAGUAGUGACUUAGGGGUGGUCGUGCUUUACCAACAGAACUUGUUCUGGUGAUUUGUUUUUUAGAAGUAGAGGGUGGUUUUUUUAAAGUAAAAUUUUUACAGGACUAUACAUUUUGACCGGUCAAAGUACUUAAGAAGAACAUAGCAUUUUGGAAACUGUACAGUUUUCUUUUUUCCCCUCAUUCCUUUUUUGCUUUCUGUGCCAAUAUUUUUUGUUCUGAUGACAUUUUGGUAAAUGUUUGUCAGAACAUCAGAUUUUUAUUUACAGUGUGGCAUAUAAGCUUGGAUAGCUGUUGUUUUUUGUGUUAAACAAGAUACUUUUAUUAAGUUUAGACUUUAGCUUUUUUCUUUAUGGACUGAGUACUUUGUGGUUUUGUUUCUUUGAAAUUGGUGAGGCUUAGUUUUUCUAACUGUAUUUUUUUACCUGAUUGUUUAGUUGCAUACCCAAACCCUUGUAAAUGUUUUUUUCCUAGUUGUGUGUGGAUAAUUGGAGAUUUAAGUGUUGUAUAUACUUGUCAUCUGUGUUUCUAGUAAAAUACAUGGCAUUCUUUGUAGAAAUACUUAAUUCCUGAUUUUCUUUCCUUAUCCACUUGCUCUUUCUAUACAGGUUAAACAAACAUUGCUCCCAUUUUUAUUUAUAGAAUUUUAUACAUAACCUGUUAAAAUUGUCUUUGGUUCUUGUGUGAACUGAGAUACAGCCUUAAAUUUCCUAAUAUAAUGCUCGUUAAGAUACUGUCAGUCAUGUAGAUUUAAAUCUAAAACAUGCACAUUUAGGACUGGUACUCUGCAGAGAUCUGAAAUACUAAAUUGCUUCUGCAUUGAAAUACAAACCCUUCAAGAUUUUAGAGAAGGAAAUUGCAGGUCAAUGUCCAUAUGAAAAUACGAACUAAUUUCCAAAAUAAGAAUUGUAACAUAGAAAAGAAGCAAUGUGGAUUCAGUUGAGAUUCAUAUUAUUUUGGUAAUUGACUGCACAGGUCUUGAAUAUAAUGGUUGCAGCAUGCUGAUGAAUCAUGAUUUUUAUGCAGAAAUACUGUCUCUUGCAAUUAUGAUGCCUUGCAAUUAAUACUUCAGACUAGCUUGGGAUGUAUGGGGGUGUUGAGUUGGGUUUUUUUUUCAUUUUGUAGUUGUUUUGCCUUCUUCCCUUUUCUUCCCCAUACCCUAUUAAGGUCUGACAUCCCAUGUAUUUUUAGAUUUCCAUUUAGCUAUAGAGGAUAAAUUUACUAAGGAGCAGUUUGGGGUAUAGAAGCUCAUCACUUUGAUGUUCUUGUGGGAUUUGUUUUCCCCCAUGUUGGAAGAAAUACAAUAAAGCUCCUUAUUCCAUUUAUAUAUGAUACAUUUGUUAAUUAAUGAACCCUUUCUGUAGCCCCAGUGAUUGCAGUGGGUUCUGGGAUGAUGCAUAUGUCUGUGCUUAAAUCUUCAAAAUACACUAAUUUUACACAAGUCUCUUGAAAAUAGUAAACGUAUACCUUUGAUCCUGAUGGAAUGGAGCAUUUAAGUUGUAAAAAUUCCUAUCUAUUCAUACCAUGUAAUGUGAUUUUUACAUGAUUUCAGAAAUAACACUUUAGAGUAUACUCAGUAGACUUCAGCCUCACCCUCUUGUACACAGUAUUUUGUAAUAGAAAAUAUUUUAAACUGUGCAUAUUAUUAUCACAUUAUGAAACACAUUCCUUUGAUCUUCAGAUGUAAGAAAAUGAGGAAUGUGUGUGCUUUUAUAAAUAUAAGUGGUUGCAAAUUCAUAUUCCUUACUACUGCAGUUGUCCUUUUUUAAAAUAAUAAAGAAAGGAAAAAAAAAAGCCAAGUGUUUUGAAGGUGAAAUACAUUCCUAUUUGGUAAACUGUAACAUUUUUAUGACGAAUACCAGCACUGCUGACUUUCUAAACAAAAGGCUGUAUUGUCUUCCUGUACCAUUCCAUUUCCUGGUUCCCGCUUUGCACAAGGAUAUAUGAGUAAAUAUUCAAGAAAUGGUUUGAAAUACAGGAGAGGGUUUGUCCAAGUUGGAAUGCAGAAUUGCAAUGCAAAAUGUAAGGAAGUGGAUGCCUGUCACAAUGCUUGACUCCAAAGGAUUUUAUAUAUAUAUAGUAAACAGUUCCCUGAUGCUGGCAGGCCAAAGAGUCUGUGAAUACUGCAGUUUUUGGAGACCUCUAUUUCUCCACAAGGUAAGCUGGUAUCCUAGCAAAUGUGGAUUUCAAUACAUUUUCAGUAGAGGUACUUAAAUAAUCUGUAAAUUUAGGGAUAAUUUCAUUUUUUUAGAUGUUAUACUUGAAAUAUUGCACAACUUUUAGCUUUCAUAGGUUUCUUUUUUUCAGCCUUUAGGAGACUGUUAAGCAAUUUGCUGUCCAACUUUUGUGUUGGUCUUAAACUGCAAUAGUAGUUUACCUUGUAUUGAAGAAAUAAAGACCAUUUUUAUAUUAAAAAA